AUGUUGUCUGUCUUGGGGUCCCCAUCCAGGAAGACGGCAAUGACCAGCGCAGCUGAGUUUACUGGUAAUGGCUUUUGUACUGCGCUGUCAAGUCAUUGCUUGACCGCCUCUGGCUCUAUUUCACCCUUCACGUGGUUGUGCGAAAAGAACCCUUCGAGGAAAUCGGUUGACUGGUAUACGCAGCACGUGGUCAAGCCAGCGCAAUCUAUGCGGUGUGAUCAGUUCAUCUGUCGAGGAUAUACAAAUCAUAUGGAGCUCUUCGCGGUUAUCAACACGCUUCAGUGCCUCGAGAUGGCCUAUAGUCAAGAUUAUGUCAAUUACGCAGACUAUGCAAAAGCAUGCAGUAAACUCCUGAACCAGUACAAAGUGCGAUUCAGACAGCUUGCCUCCGAAUUUCACACAGUGGAAGAGUUUGCCUCUCGUUACAAGGUACUGUUCGCUACCGGACUGUUUCUGUUCAUUUAUUGUUAG